CGUGCAGGUGGAAGGGGAUCGGAGAGAGUCACUCUUCUCCGGGUGACCUCGAUACCCUGGAGCCCCUCGAGCCUCCGCCGGUCCCCGGGUGAGGCGACUCCUUUCACUUCGCGGGGACUUCGGCACGGAGUUCUUUAUGCCCAGCACCAAAAGUUCGAUCCUCCAGUGGCAGCAGUGCAUCCAGAACCGGCAAGCCGUCGGAAGUUGGGCUGAGAAAAUCGCGCUACUGGAAGUCAGGACUUACUUUGAAUUCUCGAUUUCCUCUUGACUUGAGUGAUCAUCGAAACACAAAUUUUCUCAGAGUUCGGGCAGUUGGCGUGAACGCAGAAUCGACGAAGAUGCAUUAUUGUGGAACCUGAAGACAGGGUUGUUUGUUGCUCCGUUUUUCUUCCCCCUUUACGUUUUUCCACCUUUCUGGUACCCGGAAGACAAACAUGCGGACCACAGUGACGCAGUACAGUGUACUCCUGCUGUUAUUUUACCGAUGCGUGACCAGCCUUAUCAUUCCGGAAGAACUGCCCACGAUAUUAUCUCUCAUCUACUCUAAUAUCCCGCCGAUAAAAAAAGGAACCGACUCUCGGCUUGGAGUUGGCUUCAGGCUCGGAGAGCACGCUGAUUUCCAAGUUCUAGUGGAACUCGGUCCUCAGCAAGAAACGGAGAAGAUCGGUACCUCGGACUCGAAGAGGCGGCGCCAGGCGACCCUCAAUGCGGCCAUAAAUGGUGAAAUGGGGCCUUGGGCCCAGUCCAUUGCCAAGUAUCAGAAUCAGCUCAGAAUCCAGAAGGAGGUCGAAGAACGCGUCAGGCUGCAAGAACAAUUCAAGAAACUGCAGACGAAGAAGAGCCAGAGCGAUGCUAUGUCUGGAGGCGGCGAAUGGCUGACGAAGUGGAGCAAGGGGAUGAUCGAACCACCGGGUGAGGAUCCACCCUCGGAAAGGGUUCCGAUCGAGGAACUCUUGCCUAUUAUUGCAGCGAACAGAAUACCCACGAGGGAAUUUCGAAAUUCCGAAACGACGAACGUUAACGACAAAAUGAAAGAGCUGCAGAAGCUCUACAAGGCCCAACCAAUUGCUCAAAAUGCUUGACCCUGUGAAUACCUGUAGAAAUGUAGUUUGUAAUGAUUUAAUUUAACCUAGUUCUUACCAUUUUUGUACUAUAAUAUUUAUUCGAAAACCCAGUUGUAAAAUAUCGUCG